CUUUUUCUCUUCUCCCCUUUUCUCCAUCCAUCAAAGGCACACACCCUCUCCGUCGGACCAUCUAUAAACAUGUUUUCGCGGGGACUUCGCUCGGCGGCAGCACCGGCUGUCCGCUCGCUCAACCAGCCUCUGCGAACAAAUGCCCCUGGUGUGGCGCGGCUUGCUCCCAUGAGCGCACGAUGGAACUCAUCGAAGCCUACCGGACCUGUUAUUGGCAUUGACCUGGGAACCACCAACUCGUGUGUUUCCGUCAUGGAGGGACAGCAGGCUCGUGUUAUCGAGAACUCGGAGGGCGGGCGAACAACGCCGUCGGUCGUUGCCUUCACAAAAGAUGGCGAGAGGCUCGUUGGUGUUCCGGCCAAGCGUCAGGCCGUGGUCAACCCUGAGAACACCCUGUUUGCCACCAAGCGUCUCAUCGGCCGGAAGUUCCAGGACAAGGAGGUGCAGAAGGAUCUGGACAACGUGCCCUUCAAGAUUGUUCCCCACUCCAACGGCGAUGCAUGGCUUGAGGUCAGGGGCGAGAAGUACUCGCCCAGCCAGAUUGGUGCUUUUGUCGUUGGAAAGAUGAAGGAUACGGCCUCGGCGUACCUCGGCAAGCCUGUCAAGCACGCCGUCAUCACUGUUCCUGCCUAUUUCAACGACGCCCAGAGGCAGUCCACGAAGGACGCUGGUACCAUUGCCGGUCUUGACGUUCUCCGAGUCAUCAACGAGCCUACGGCCGCCGCCCUUGCUUACGGUCUCGACAAGCAGGACAGCGCCCAGAUUGCCGUCUUCGACCUGGGUGGUGGUACGUUCGACAUUUCGAUCCUCGAGAUGCAGAAGGGUGUCUUCGAGGUCAAGUCGACCAACGGUGACACUCACCUUGGUGGUGAGGACUUUGACAUUGUGCUUGUCGAGCACCUCGUCAAGGAGUUCCAGAAGGAGAGUGGUAUCGACCUUGGCAAGGACCGCAUGGCUAUCCAGCGUAUCCGUGAGGCCGCUGAAAAGGCAAAGAUCGAGCUCUCGAGCACCAGCCAGACCGACAUCAGCCUUCCCUACAUCACCGCCGACGCCUCGGGCCCCAAGCACAUCAACACCAAGAUGAGCCGUGCCCAGCUCGAGAGCCUGUGCGCCAAGCUCAUUGACCGGACUGUUGAGCCCUGCAAGAAGGCCCUGUCUGACGCUGGUGCCAAGCCUAACGACAUCAACGAGGUCAUCAUGGUCGGCGGCAUGAGCCGAAUGCCCAAGGUCCUCGAGACCGUCAAGGACAUCUUCAAGCGGGACCCCUCCAAGGGUGUCAACCCCGACGAGGCUGUUGCUAUUGGCGCCUCGAUCCAGGGUGGUGUUCUUUCCGGCCAGGUCACCGACAUUCUCCUCCUCGACGUUACACCUCUCUCGCUCGGUAUCAACACCCUCGGCGGCGUCUUUACCCGUCUCAUCAACCGAAACACUACGAUUCCCACCAAGAAGAGCCAGGUCUUCUCGACGGCUGCGGACCACCAGUCGGCCGUCGACAUCCAGGUUUACCAGGGCGAGCGAGAGCUGGUCCGAGACAACAAGCUCCUCGGCAACUUCCAGCUUACCGGCCUGCCCCCGGCGCCAAAGGGUGUUCCUCAGAUCGAGGUCACCUUCGACAUCAACGCUGACGGCAUCGUCAACGUGUCCGCCAAGGACAAGGCAACGGGCAAGGACCAGAGCAUGACCAUUGCCGCCGGCUCGGGUCUUUCAGACUCGGAGAUUGACCGCAUGGUUUCGGACGCUGAGCAGUACGCAGAGGCCGACAAGGCCCGCAAGGCUGUCAUCGAGGAGUCGAACCACGCCCAGAGCGUGGCUGCCGAGACGAGCAAGGCUCUGAACGAGUUUGCCGACAAGGUCGACAAGGAGGAGAGCGAGAAGGUGCAGGCACUUAUCAAGGAGCUCGAGGAGAUUGCUGCCAAGGGCCAGGCUGGCGAGGCUGGCGUCGAGGCUGCUACGAUCAAGGCCAAGAUCGACGAGACACAGCAGGCGUCGCUCGGUAUCUUCAAGAAGGUCUACGAGCAGCGACAGGCUCAGGCCGACCAGAAUGCCAACGCCCAGGGCUCCGGUGAGGGCGAGAAGAAGGAGUAAGGGACUGGACCGGACUCUUGUUAGAAACCAAAAGCCAUUAUCCUCUUCAUAUCAAAAAGUAGAAAAGCCCGCUCCUCUCUUUCUUUAGUAGUAGUCUCAAUGUACACUGGAUCACCAUUCACC